UCUUGAAAUAAUCAACCCGAUCAUUUCUUCGGGUCGUGCCUUGUGUCAUAACAAUCCAAAAUACAACUACAGACAGCAGUUACAACAAAAACAUGCUACUUUCCUAACAUUCAAUUAGACAAUUUCCAUAGUCGAGAAACAAAUAUGGAAUUCGUCACCGCCCUUCGGGGCACAUUCGAUGACCAGAAGCCUUCACUAUUCGAACUUCUGUCAGAACAACAGCUGAAUUCACUUCUACCGCCCACAUUACGAUACCUUCUUACGGUCGCGACACACCGAUAUCCCCGCUACCUCCUACGCGCCCUCAACUCCUUCGAUGAACUCUACGCACUUGCUAUGCUCAUAAUCGAGCGCCAUUACCUACGAACCCGCGGUGGCAGCUUUACUGAGCAUUUCUACGGCCUGAAGAGAGAAAAAUCAUUACAAGCCGAGAUCCCACGCGCUACCUCACGGACCCCGGAACUUGUGAGGGAGGCCCUCAAAUUGACUGAAAAGGAUGUAUGGAAGAACUUGGCCGUUAUGGUCGCGUUGCCGUAUUUAAAACGAAAGUUUGACGAGAGCCAUGAGAUCGAGGCCCCACGCGCCUUACUCGGUGCUAAUUACACCCGUAUGCCCGCGAACCCGACGCUGAAGCAGCGAUUUAUGCACUAUUAUAAGUGGUUUAUUCGAAACGUCUACCCGAGCGUUCAUACCGCCUACUACUUCAGCGUUAUCGCCUUUAAUUUGGCGUAUCUAUUCGACAACACGAAAUACCAUAAUCCUUUCAUGUGGCUCAUCGGCACGAGAAUACGUAGGAUGAACGCGGCAGACUUCCAGGCUAUUGAGGCUCUGGGUAAGCCCAAGGCUGGCAAUCCGCCUUUGACUGCUACUAGUCUAUUCAAUCCCAGAACAAUGGGUCCGAGAUUGUUGGGUAGCUUGUCGGUAUUGCUACCGACGAGUAUAUUUGCGUUGAAGUUUCUAGAGUGGUGGUAUGCGUCGGAUUUUGCGAAGCAGUUGACUAGGAAGGCAUCUGAGAACCUGGAGCUACCACCACCUAUUGUAUCCGGUUUGUCAGCUCUGGGAGUUAAGGUACCUGGGAAGAAGGGCCAAAAAGAAAUUGAAAACAAGCAAGAGGAACAGAAUAAGGUCCCGUUAGCAGAGGAGGCCCCGAUUGCUACUCCAUCACUACUCCCGAUAUUGACCGUACGGGCCCCGGAAGAUUCCGAGCUAUGCCCUAUCUGUGAGGAUGAGAUUACGACGGCAACAGCGUGCCAGACAGGUGUUAUCUACUGCUAUGCCUGUAUACAUAAGUGGCUUGAGGGUAAUCACCCAAGACAGGAGGAGUUCAUGACUGAUAAGGAGGGCAAAUGGGAGAGUGGUCAGGGAAGAUGUGCUGUGACGGGACGCCGGGUUCUCGGCGGCACGGAGGGUCUACGACGUAUCAUGGUUUGAAAUAGAUAUUCGGGAUAUACCAAGGUAAUAUUGCAUCUACCUGUGCAUUGGGUCAGGCACUGGCGUUCUGGGGUAGCAUCUAAAAAAAGCUACGUGCUAAGGGAGCAUUCGGUACGUCCCAUGUGGCAUAUUUGGUGUGGAGUUUAAUAGGUGAAGGAUGAUGAGCUAUCGUCGUUGCAAUCCGAUCUAUGACUUUAAGAC